AUGUCCUCCACCGUUCAGGAUCCUGAUAACUUUGAUGAGAUUAUUGAGAAGGAAAUUGUCCCUAAUCUCCCGGAAAGAUGCCUCCGUUACUUUGUCACGACACCUGCUCUUCAUGCAAAAGCCAUGAAAAAGAAGUCAGCAAAGGAGAAGAGGAAGGCUUCAAAGGGAAGGAAGUCUGCUCCAUCUGUUGUGGUCAGUGAUGAUUCAGCCGACGAAGAAAAUGUGCCACUUGCUCGUGAGAGUGAGGAGGAGGACGAGAGCGCAUCUACUCGGAACAAGAAGAAGCAGAAGAUUGAUAACAAGGAGGUAGAAGUGACCGCUUAUAUCCACGUUAUUGUCCCCGCAGCAGCAAGCUCACGCCCUUCAAAAUCGAAGCCUACUCCCGACACGGUCGUCAAACAGGGACCGUUCUUCUUCAAGCUUCAUGGCAUUACCCUUCCCGAUUUCCUCUCCAGUCUUGCGACUGCAACACCCUGUCGCCGCGAUGCGAUUCUUGUCAACAAGUGUCAGUGGAAAUUCAAGACGCCCAAGAAUGCAGAGCUCAAACCUCUGUCAGACGAGAACGGUUUCAAGGCAAUGCUCACGAGUUUGGGACAGAGGAAGAAAGAUUUAGUUAUCAUAAUUAGUAUGCCAGAGCCUGCAAAGGCCGCAGUUCCCUGGGAGACAGGUGAUGACGAGGACGAUGGACCCCAAUUUGUGCACGAUGGAGGGUCAGAGGCUACGCCAUUUCAAGAGCAGAAGGCGAGUCUGGACACUCUUAUGGCACUCAGGCUUGCAGAACUGCGCGAAAAAUACCCAGUUGGAAACUCAUUCCUAUUCCCUGGGAAGCGCAUCUACCGUAACGAUAGCAGCCAUUACUGGGAGUUAACUGAUCUGCGCCUGCAGGUGUGGGCGGCAAAUAUAGUAUCGGGAAAAGCAACCGUUGAUGCCCCUCCCAAUUCGAAUCAUUUUUCUCAGUCCGGACGCCUCAAGCUGCCAUCCGAAACUAAUGCUAUCGCACCUGUUGCAUCUGCCGCUUCGAGUCCUGGAUUCCCUCAAGUAAUGCCCAGUAUAUCUACCGCUACGGGCCAUGGACUCCCUCAGAUGAUGCCUGGGACCUCCGAUGCUCUGAUGCAUGCCUGUCUUCUGCAGCUGGUUCAACAACAGCAACAGCAAUCAAACCCUCUGUCGACGCUUUCGCACCUUCUUUCGGCCGCCCUCUCCAACCCUCUUGCUCCAACCAACCCUUCUACUGUAGCCCUCAUGAAUCUCGUCAAUUCCUCCACUGCUGUCAACAAUCUCUCCGCUGCCAUCAAUCUGUCGUCCAACUCCACUACUUCAGCCGUUCCUACCGCUAAUCACAACAACAAUAAAGUCAUACCGUUGCCUCGUGACAUCACUGUCGCGGAGUUCUGCGCUAAAUACAAGAUCUCCGAGAAUGACUGUUGCAAGCUCAAGAAACUUGAGGUCAUCCUAGGUGAUCGGCACUGUGAAGAUCUCGAGAAGGAGAUUUGGUCUGGGGAUGCUGGCUUCUCAAAGCUUGGCUGGGAUCGGUUCUGCGAGAAGCAUGCUCUAUUUUGCGAUGAAGUGCUGUGUGGACUCUGGGACACCUGA